GAGGACAGGGUUCAGUGAGCGAGCGGGAGCAGAGAGGAGGACAGCAGCAGCAGCAGCAGGUGAAGCCAGAGGAAAACCUGUGUUACAUAUUUGGCUGCAACACUGUUUACCCCGAACUCCAGAAGUCAUUUGAGGAUUCAAACAUUUCACCCACCCCUCCAUCGGCAUAGUGCUCUGUCUUCCUCCAUCCAUCCAUUCUUGUCCUGGUGUGGACACUGAGCACCAUGUUCACAGCGGUGUUAGUUAGUGUAGUGGUUGGAGGGCUUAUCUACUACCUGGUUCAGAGGAGCAAGAUCCAGGUUCUGAAGGCCGUGGAUGGCUGGUGGGUGACUGGAGCCGCCCCUGAUGGUGAUGAGGACACCACCAUCCGCCCAUUUGAAGUCACCACCAGUGAUGAAGAGCUGGAGGACCUGUAUCGUAGGAUAGAUCAGACGCGUCCUGUUGCCUCACUGGAGGACAGCCAGUUUGAAUAUGGCUUCAACUCCAAGUAUUUGGAGAAGGUGGUGUCUUACUGGAGAAACGACUUUGACUGGAGGAGACAAAUUGACAAAAUCAACCAGUACCCCCACUUUAAAACCAAAAUUGAAGGUAUUGAUGUCCAUUACCUGCAUGUGAAGCCCAAAAAGGUGCCAGAGGGAACUACUGCUAUUCCUCUGAUAAUGGUUCACGGCUGGCCUGGGUCUUUCUAUGAGUUCUACGGGCUGAUCCCACUGCUUACAGAGCCGACCAACCCGGACGACCUUGUGUUUGAGGUGGUGUGUCCCUCCAUACCAGGGUAUGGUUUCUCUGAAGCACCACAAAAGAAAGGCUUUGAUUCAGUUUGUGCCGCGAACAUCUUCCACAAGCUCAUGAAGCGUCUGGGUUUCCAGCAGUUCUACGCUCAUGGAGGAGACUGGGGCUAUCUGGUCACCACCAACAUGGCCCAGCUGGAGCCCAAGAUAGUCAAAGGUUUGCAUUUGAACUUUGCCCCAGCCACGAAGCCUGGUCUGCGCAUGGUGUUAUCCAUCAUGCUCGGCCGCCGCUUCCCUAAACUCUUUGGCUUCACUGACCUGGACAUUCAGAAUCUCUACCCUUUCAUGAACAAAGUGCUGGUGGAGACCCUCAAAGAGAGUGGCUACAUGCACAUCCAGUCCACCAAGCCUGACACCGCGGGACGAGGACUGAAUGACUCCCCAGUGGGUCUGGCUGCCUACAUUCUGGAGAAGUUCUCCACAUGGACCAACCGUGACUUCAGGAGCCUGGAGGACGGCGGACUAACCAGGAAGUUCUCUCUGGACGACCUCCUGACUAAUGUUAUGAUCUACUGGGUUUCUGGAUGCAUCAUCCCGUCUAUGAGGUUCUACAAGGAAAACAUGAACAAAGGUCUCAAUGCUCCGCACGCCAAGAUGCCUGUUUAUGUUCCCACCGGGUACGCCUCCUUCCCCAACGAGUUGAUGCACACGCCUGAACUGUGGCUCAAACCCAAAUAUCCCAAAAUCAUGACCUACUCUCCCAUGGCCCGCGGUGGCCAUUUUGCUGCCAUGGAAGAGCCCCAGCUGAUGGCUGAAGACAUCCAGAAGUUCUCCAAAGGAGUGGAGAAGAAAAAGUAAGAAUAGACAGUGGAAUGAUAAACAGGUGAAUGAGCUAAAAGUAGGAAGUUAGCAACACUACAGCUAGCAAGCAUUGUGUAUAAUAAAGUGUAGCUCAGCGAAAUUCCUAAUCAUACAGUCAGUCUUAUGUAGUGUUAAUAAAAAAAAACACAUCAGUUUCAUGGAUCUAUUGACUGCAAAAUUUUGAAAUACAAUGUAUAUGAACAAAAACACUUUGUGUGAGUAUUUGUAGACCUGGUAACCAACCUCUUCUCUUGUACAGAACAGAUUAAAGUGAGAAAAGCAGA